ACUUUCAUUCAGCUUUAUAACAUAAAAGUCUUAAAUUAAAAAUAUCUAUCAAUCGUUACAAGUUGCGCAUCAAAAAAAUACUACAAUUGCAUUACGUGAAACCUCAUAUGUAAUAUUUUAAACAAUUUAUAAAUCAAGAUUUAGUAUGGAAAAGAGGAAAAAUCGGUAAAUUUCAACACACAAAAACAACAAAAUUGUUCGACUAAUUGGACAACGGUUGUCUGAUUGUCAAAUUGUCUUGAAGUUAGUGGAACUUAAAAGUGAGCACACCGAAUUCAAUACCGUAAGAAAAUAAGCAAGGUCCCAAUAAAUAGUUUAAUUGAGAGAGAAACAAAUAAUUCGAUUUUCAAAAAUUUAAAUUAAAUAAGUAAAAAUUAGUAACAACAAAAAAUCACCUUCAUAUUCCAUACCAACGGGCAAUACUGCAGGCGGCUCUGAAGAAAACACCUUACCUACUUCAAUUGGAUUGGCUGAAACUUCAAACGAAACCAGAAUGGCCGAAGCUGUGAUUGAUGAACGUGCGCCACUGCCGACACGAUUCUAUUGCCAUGUGUGUAGUAUGGAAGUAAACAUUCCAAAUACAGAUUUCACCUGCCCUCAUUGCUCCGGUGGAUUUGUGGAAGAGCUACCAUCAGUACCGAAUACUGCUAGUGGCAGCAGCAGUGCAUCAAGCUUAGCUGACGGACCCAGCAAUAGUAGUUCUGAUGCACUUAGCUUAAAUCGUAUGGUUGAUUUAGAUGCAAUACGGGGGGAAAUAGAAACACUUUUAAUGUCCCGCAACGGACCCAUAGAAAUUGCAAUUGGGCCGGCGAACAGACGCAGUAGCAUGCUUUUGGGAAGUGGAGGAGGGGCUAGCAGUUCAGGGAAUAAUAGCGGAGCAAGCGGUGGUCCUGGGGGAGGUCGAGUACAUCCACCCAAUCUCGGAAGUUUAGACACUGUGCUUCUUGAUGUUUUACAAUCUCUCUCCGGAGGUGAAGAUGGUUACUUUGGAGCUACACCAAUGUUUUUUAUGGGAAAUCCUGGAGACUAUGCCUGGGGUCGUGAAGGUAUUGAUACCAUUGUUACUCAACUACUUAAUCAAAUGGAAACAUCCGGUCCACCACCUUUGCCAAAAGAGAAAAUAGAUGAAAUUCCCAAAGUCCAUGUAACCUCCGAAGAUGUAGAACGCAAAACACAGUGCUCAGUGUGCUGGGAAGAUUUUCGCUUAAAUGAAAUAGUACGAAGGCUGCCAUGCUUGCACAUAUAUCACGAAAAUUGCAUUGUACCGUGGUUGGACCUACAUGGUACAUGUCCAAUCUGUCGUAAAUCUUUAAGCGAUGAAGAAAAUAUAAAUGACGUUGUUUUGACAAACACCGAUGUUGGUGUGAUGGACCACAGUAUGACAGAAGUACCACAAUCAGACGUCACAGUUAUGGAAAGUGAUGUCUUAAAUGUUGAACCUCAUAGUAGCGACAAUAAUGAUCCACAACCAACAAACACUAAUACCGGCAGUCAAACUGGAAACCAGCAACAACAGGGCAACGUGUUUGGAUUUGAUGAUAGCGUUGUCGAUUUAGACUAAACUUUUCGUCUGUGCAGAUUUCAAAUUCCUAUUGUAUGGCUUUUUAUAAUAAAUAGGUGUCUGAGUUAUAGCAAAAGACGUAGCUAUGAUUGCUAAAAAAAAAUAUUAUUAUUAUACACACCUUAAACAAAUUAUACAUACUUGCGAUAAUAACUCUACAUGUCAGCAUCUCUAUGGAAUGUAUAAUAUGUUAAGAAACUUAAGUCAACCUUAGAACGGAGUAACAAGCAUUAGUAAAUGCUAGCUGAUCUUUUUAUAUGUAUGUAGUGAUGAAAAUAGAUUUAAUAAAUAACUUGUGAGAAAUUGUAUGCAGAAAAAAAUAAAAUAAAAGAUGUUGUUGAAGAAGUGAAAAUAUACACAUUAGAACAAACUUGAAAUAUGCAUGCAUUCACAGUAUCAACAAACAUUGUUCAUUUUAAAUUAUUUAAUUUUCGGUUAUAAUAAACCAUUUAAUAAAUUUAAAAAGGUACAUAUACUUAUAUAAGAACGUCGAUUAAAUUCUCUUAUGAAGUUGGGUAAACGAAAAGCUUGAUAAAUGCAACAAAUUUUGAAUAAAUAUACAUAUGUAAUUGAGGAUUAAAAAAAUAGUGAUAGUAAUGAUGUUGGUAGCGUUGACAUACUUUACAAUGUAUUAUCGAAGUUACUAAUUGCAAAUACAUUUAUUAAUAUUGUAUAAAAUAGAUUUUAAGUGCAUCGGCAGAGCAAUUAUUGUAAUGGAAUGAAUAAUGCUAAAGAUUUCGUAAAACGAGAAUAUUAAUAAUUACGUAAAACAAAUCCUCAAAAGAGUACAUACUAACAUCCACAUUUUUUAGCGGAUUUCAUAGGACACAUAAAUAAAAGCGAUUAAAAUAUUUAUCUAUGGUAGAUUGUACUUGCUAAAAAAUAAACGUUAAUAAUUGGUUGCUACAGUUA